AUGGGCACCUACGUCCGCUCACACCUCGCACAUGUCCCUCCAAAACCACAAUGGUCCGUCUCUGAGAUGUCCAACCUCGCAGGCAAGGUCAUGAUCGUCACUGGCGGGAACACCGGCGUAGGCAAGGAGACUGUCAGAGCUCUCCUCAGUCGGGGGGCCAAAGUCUACUUGGCUGCCCGCUCGGAGUCCAAGGCCUUUGCUGCCAUCCAAGACCUUCGCAAGCUGACCGGCAGGGACGCCAUUUUCCUUCACCUCGACCUUGCCGAUCUCGCCUCCGUCAAGGCUGCGGCACACCAUGUCCUCAGGAACGAAACCAAGCUCGACGUCCUCUUCAACAAUGCCGGCGUCAUGUUCCCCCCUGUCGAGCAGUUGACUGCCGACGGCUAUGACCUCCAGUUUGGCACAAACGUCCUGGGUCACUUCUACUUCACCCAACUCCUUAUCCCGCUCCUCCUUACCGGCGCCUCGACCUCGUCGGAUCGACAUUCGCGUGUAAUCAACAUCUCGUCGAUGGCUCACUCGUUCGCGUCCGGCAUCGAUUUCGAUACGUUGCAGGAUCACCCAAAACGAAUGAAACUUGGCAACCAGAAACUACACUAUCAAAGCAAGUUCGCUACCGUCGUCUUUUCAUCCGAACUGCAAAGACGAUACGGUGACCAGGGGAUCAUUUCGAUAUCACUACAUCCGGGAAACAUAAAAACUGAACAUCAAAGACACGUCUCUUCGUUCGAGAAAGUCAUUUCGGCGCCCAUGCUAUACCCAGCAUCGAUGGGAGCGCUGACACCAUUAUGGGCCGGUACGACACCCCAUGGGCUCCGGCUAGGAGGCCAGUAUUUGGUCCCGUGGGCGCGGCUAGGCGCAGCACGAGAAGAGACACAGGAUCGACAGCUGGGACGGAAACUCUGGGCGUGGUUAGAGGCCCAGGUCCUCGAUCUAUGA